AAGAACAGAUAUUGCUGGAAUAUUAAGCAUAAUUGAAAAUAAGUUUAUCUUCUAGUGCAACAUAUUUACAGCAUCGACUCCAAUGUUGUGGAAAGAAAAAUAAAUAAAUUGCUCUCUGAGUGCGAGACUAAAUUGUCCGCCAUUAAUUAAUACUAGCCAGUGACACCUGCGUAGUUUUGUUGCGCACUUGAGAAUAGGUGUUGUCCCGAGGAGGAGCUGGAUGUUGUCAUCUUUGUGGUUUCUUUAAACAUUUUCCUCUUCCUCUCACCAAAAAUGGUGGCUCUGAGUGGACUUUUUCACAAGUUUUCCCGCCUGGCAAAAAGCGUUUCUCUGAAGCAACACACAACGUACAAUAAAUUGCGCAUCUUAUCCCGUUGCAACAGAGAGGGGAGAAAGAGUCAGGCAGUGUCAGAUGGAGAGCUGAACAUGACUGCGCGGGGCUGCGGAGGCAGCAGCUCCAGCCUUCCAGGGACCCCAGGAGGGGACGUCAACUCCGCCAACAGUGUCCUGAGCUGGGCCGUCUCUUUUGAGAAGCUGUUGGAAGACCCCCAUGGGGUUAGUUACUUUACGGCCUUUCUGAAGUCCGAAGUGAGUGCAGAGAACAUUUUAUUCUGGCAAGAAUGUGAAAAGUUCAGAAAGAUUCCAGCCACAUCUUUGGAUCGGUUGAAAGCAGCAGCUCGCUCCAUCUAUGACACCUACCUGUCUGACAGCGCUCCCUACAGUGUGAACAUCGAUGACACUGCCAAGACAGAGGUGAAGGAUCUGGAGCAACCCACUCCCGACAUGUUUAACAAACCUCAGGCUCAGAUUUUUAAAUUGAUGAAGAUGGACAGCUACCGGCGCUUUGUGCGCUCUCCUCUCUAUCAGCGAUGCACCUUGGCAAGUGUAGAAGGUAAACUUCUACCUCAGCUCUCGACGGAGCCCGUCCGCAUGGGGUCAUGGGACGACAUGGCCAACAAUAGCCCCUCCAGUGACAAGAAGAACAGGAAGUCCGACUCUAAUAGUCUACCAAGUGGUAAAAGUGUAUCAGAGAAACAGCGACAGAAAAGAGGAUCCUGGGGAGAUGCAUCAAACUUCCAAGGCUCAGGUCCUCUGAAGCAGCCAAAUAUGUCGAUCAAAUCAACCAGCAAUGUGGAGCUUGGCUCCCUCUGCAGACAGAUGGAGAACGGCCGGCCGGGUCCCACCUCCCGCGAUCAGGCUGCUGGCAUCGGGAGCCGUAUGGGGGUGGAGGGGGGCUACUGCUGUGUCUACCUGCCUGACGGCAGCGCCUCCCUGGCCCCUACACGUAAUGGGCAGCCCAUCAAGGACAUGCUGGCCAGCCUGUGUGAGAAAAGGGGCUUCCCAUUAAAAGAUGUCAUGAUUUACCUUCAUGGCAAGGACAAGCCCUUGUCACUGGACCAGGACUGCUCCGUGCUGAGAGAUCAACAGGUCUCUCUUGAGCUCAGGGUGACGUUUGCGUUGGAGAAUGCCUUUACUGGUAAAACAGUGGGAAUCAUGGUGAAGUCCAGUAAAACACUGCAGGACGCCCUUUGUUCAGUGAUGCAGAAACACCAUCUAAAGCCGCAAGAGGCAGCGGUAACCAUGGUUGGAAGUGACGAGCCGGUGAACCUGAACUGCUCUGUGUACAACCUAGCCAAUAAGACGCUGCGGUUGGAAAAGGCAAAAGGUAAAGAUCAGGUCAUUAUUCCCAGAGGAGGGAGUUCUUCUCCUAAUGCACAGCCAGGAGCGGGGAGCGGAGGCCUGGAGCCUCGAUUGUCGACUCAGACCGACAGAGUCAAGACGCAGCACAGACCCAGUAAGAACCGCGACAUGGACGGAUUUCUGGACAUGCUGACCAGAGCUCAGUGCUGCAGAGUAGAUGACCAGCGAGGCCUUCUGACCAAAGAACAGCUAGAAAUCCCUUCUUUCCUGCAGCUUUCUUCAGACCAGGGACAGAAUACAGACGAUUCCAGUGCAACCAGCUCUUCCACUACCGACUCCAAAACAGAGUCGGGGGACAACACAGAUGCUCCAGCUCCAGUUACUGCUCCAGAUCCAGCUCCAACUCCAACUCCAACUCCAACUCCAGCCAAUAAAUCUGAGGAAAGUUCUGAUGCUUCUAAAUCUGAAUCUAAAGACUUGAGGGAAACAACAAUUUGACGCAGAAUUGCGUGGAAAGACAAAGUCUUAAAACCCAAUUGAAUAUCUAACAGAAAUGUGAUCUGAUUUAUGUAAACAGAUAGUUGUUGGUCCAGAUGCACUUUCUUUAACGAAUAAGCUCACACUCGGCAGUAUUUUUCUUUGGCCUCAGCCUUUGAUCAAAUGGGCUUUUGAAGGCAAGUCUAGAUGGAUGGGUGAAAACGUGGCAAACAUUUGUGUAAUUUUUAAAACACUACAGAUCUUCAUUGGAGAAUGUUUGCUACAAAUCUAUACUGCACCCAUAAACGCAUAAAACGUUUAACCUUGAAAUUGCACCCUGAAACAUGUUGCUGUACAGAUUAAUUCACCUUCGAACCUGCAGUCAUGUUUUAAUGUUGACUCUAAAGCAUGAGUGUAUGUCUGCAGAGGAAGCAUGGACUGUUCUGAGUAGCCCAUUGAAACGUGCCCUGCAUGUCUGUGUCUUAUGAUUUCUAAAUAUUUUAUGAAGAUUAGCUUUUAUUACUUGAAAUAUGUGUUUUCUUGUGUGCGCACUUGUUUAUUUGUAAUCUGUAUUUUUUGCAUGGUUUGUUGUGAAGGCACUUUGUGAAGCUCUGGUCAUGCCUCAUUCCCUGCCAACCUACAAUUGCAUUUUGGGAUCCCUAGAGUGUUAUUAGGGUGACAGAUUCAGUGUUAUGUUACCUAGCAAAACUUUUAACCGUUUAAUUUGUUUGCUAUGAAAGGCGUUUUAUUUUUCAAUAAAUCCGAGGUCAGUUUCUGCCUGAAAAAAAUGGUUCGUGAUUUUGGUUUAAAUUAUACAUUCAGUGUGCUGUAAGACAACUCGAGCUCAGUGGAGUGACUGGAUGAGUCAUGCUCAACAAUACAAGGCUGAUCCAUGUGAAUACCUGCAAACUCUUUUUAUACAUCCAUUUUUUUUUUGGUUUAUCCUGAUAAAGGAAAACUUCCUUCUUCAUGUAACGUCAGUGAUGAUGAUCUUUGCAGAGUUACGAUUGGAUCCUUGGAGAGGUGUGUAGCCAAUGAACUGCUUUAUAUUUCCCAAGACUUGUUGCUGGAUGGGGGUUUGCCAUUUUUCCGUGACGGCUAGGCAUUAUGCGAGUUACAAAACCUAUUAGAUGACUCAUGGAUGAUCUCAUCCCCCUGGAUGACGUCAGCAGUGUAUAUAUUUCAUAGUAUGUGGCAGCACGUGGUUUUGGAAUGCAUCCCAUCUAUCAUGCUUGUUUAGACCAUUGCGUGCAAUUAUUAUGGUCGUAAUUAAGCUGGAGAGAAUGAACGCCACUACAUUAGUGUGCAAAGUGUUCAGACACAGUGGCACACCUGGCGUUUGCGCGUUUGUGCGCUUGCACGUCUAGUCGUGCGUGAGUGAUGCGUCGGUGGAGCUAUGAAUGGGCAGAGAGGGGUGUUCUCUCUCUCACACACACCGUCACAGCUCUGGGAUGAGGAGUGCCAUCUACUCCACUGCACGUCUGCUGUGCUGCUGAGAGGAAAGAAGACAGAGGGGGAGAGGAGCUUUACAAGAAGACUAUUCAAAAGCACAAGGCCACUCUUUAGCACUGAGCUGGAACAAUCUCCACUCAGCCAUGGAGCAGAAGACAAAUGAGUGUCCCACCUCUACCUCUCCUCAGAAGCACAUGAAGAACAGGUCUAAAUCCACAGAGGAGAUGCAGCAGUCCAGGAAGGCAUUUUCCUCACAAAAGUCACUGCCAGGCAGGCCUGAUCUGGAGAAAGUGAAGGAGUGUCCCGAUGGCUCUGACACGCCUUCGUCCUCCACAGAAGAGCUGAAGUGACAARCGCUGUCAACGUCGAGCCACAAACUUACGCAUAUACAAUGUACAUAAGUCAACAAAGAAAGUGCUGAACAUUUAUGAUCAUAGAUGGCUAGAAUCUACUCAAGCUGUGAAUUUCCUGCUGACUCAACCUUAUCGAAAGUCCACAUCUGAUGAAGCUGUGUCGUUGUGCUGUGACUGAUAUAUAAAUGUGUGUGGUAAAAGUAAAGUGAUGUUGUUGGAUAAA